AUGGCGAAUCUAGUCAACCCGGAAAUGGCACUCACCGCUCUCCCUGCACUUCAUGAACCCGAUCGAUCACAUCGGCAAGAUCAUGAUCCCUCACACACCGGUUCCGUCAAAACUCACCAAGAUCAUGUAUUCAAUCAGCACCUCUCCCAUGAUCUAUAUUAUCCUGUACCUCCCACCGGAACCUCAAAGACCACCGACUUCUCGUUGUUGGCCAGUUCGCCAUCUGUCUUGCCCCGGGACCAGCGUCUUCAAGACCAAUCCUCCCCACGAUCAGCUUCCACUUUGAUUCUGGAAAAACAACCGAUACCAGAGAUACCUAUGCCUGUCAAAAAAUAUACCCGCAUCGUUCGUAACCUACGUUGGACUGUUCUGUCUGUCUACCGCCGGCUCAACAUCCUUGUCCUGACUGCAAACAUCACCGCCAUGAUAGUUCUGGCGAUACAGCAUAGACUUCUCUCUCUGUCACCGGAGACGGCCGCCACCACAGUUUCAACCAAUUUGACCGUCGGCGUGUUGAUUCGACAAGAGCUCGUCAUCAAUGCUCUCCUCUGGUCAUUUGGUAAAUGUCCUCAGUCGCUUCCACUUCGAAUCCGUCGAAUAGCCGCCAAAAUCUAUCACCUAGGCGGAGUCCACAGUGGCGCUGGUAUGUCGGCAACAAUCUGGUUUGCCUUUUUCAAUGUCGCAAUGGUAAAGGCCUUCCAAACUCGGGCAAUCCAGGCACAUCAGAACGCAAUAACGGUCAUCACCGUCGUCCUCGAUAUCCUUCUUGUCUCCAUUGUCGUCGUGGCGCAUCCAAGUAUCCGCACCAGACUACACAAUAUGUUUGAGUGGGUUCAUCGCUUCGCAGGCUGGACAGCCGUAGCCUUAUUUUGGGUUCAAUUCGGGUUGCUGGCUGAUGCGAGGGCAACCGAUCCAAACUCCAACAUCGCUCUUCAACAAGCAAUAGCACAAAGUCCGCUCUUUUGGACCCUGAUGAUUGUCACCAUCUCUAUAGCCUUGCCCUGGGUCUGGCUCAGGAAGGUUCCAGUCCAUGCCGAACCUCUCUCUGAUCAUGCAAUUCGCCUUCAUUUUACCUACACCAACCUACCUCUGUGUACGGCACCUCGAUUAUCCGACAGCCCCCUUCUUGAGUGGCAUGCCUUUGCUGGGAUUCCGAAAGAAGAUGGUCAAGGAUUCUCAGUUCUGGUCUCCAGGGCCGGCGAUUGGACCUCCCACCUCAUCAGAUCACCGCCUUCUCAGCUCUGGGUGCGGGGAAUCCCCACGAUGGGAGUUCUCUACGUUGCUCCUAUUUUCAGGAAGAUGGUUCUGGUAGCGACUGGCUCAGGCAUCGGUCCAAUCAUGUCAUUGUUGUGCAGAAGGGAUAUUUCCUGUCGGAUUUUGUGGUCAACCCCUGACCCGGAGGUCACGUAUUCAACCGGCGUCAUUGAACACGUUCGUCGAGCCGAUCCAGAAGCCAUCAUUAUCAACACCACUGUCGCUGGAAGACCUGAUCUGGUCAGGCACACCUACGACCUGUAUGUAUCUUCUGGUGCUGAAGCUGUAUUCAUAAUCUCCAACCCAACAGUCACCCAAAGAGUGGUGUAUGGUCUCGAAUGUCGAGGAGUACCAAUUUUCGCACCCAUCUUUGACUCCUGA